AUGGCUUCUGCUGCCGAGACUGCCGCGUACGCCGCCGCCGAGGCUGAGCGCGCCGCCGCUACCGUUCCGGAGGUCACCACGGAUGCAGCUCCUCCGGUCUCUGCCGACCCAGCAGCUCCCGCAGCCGCCGAUAUCGCCCCCCUUCCCACGGCCCAAGACCCCACCCGCGUGCGCCUGCACCACCUCAACAACUCGCGCUCCGAGCGUAUCGUCUGGCUCCUCGAGGAGCUCGGCGUCGAGUAUGACGUCACGGUCCAUUACCGUUCCAAGAUUGGAUUCGCGCCCGAGUCUCUCAAGGCGAUUAACCCUCUCGGCAAGGCGCCAGCAAUCGAGCUCGGCGGAAAGGUCUACACCGAGUCGGGCGCGAUCGUCCACCUCCUCCUCUCGACCUUCAAGACGCCUGCCGCGCUCGAGGCCGGCCCCGCGUCGGGCCAGGACUCGGUGCACUGGUCGCAUUUCGCCGAGGGAAGCCUCAUGCUCUUCCUCCAGCCAAUGGUCACGAUUUCGCGCGGCGGCGAGGUGUUCGCGUCCCGCGGCAUCGCGGGCAUGCUGUUUGGCGGCAUUGUCGGCAAGUUUGUCGCGUGGUACACGGGCAUGGCGGCCGACAACGUCAAGAACAUGCUGCAAGAGGUCGAGGGGUUCUUGGCCGCCCAUGAGAACUUUACCGGCGGAGAACAGCUGGGCGAGGGCGACUUCAUGAUGGCCUACCCGCUCAACGCGGUGCUCAGGCGCGGCGCCCCCGCCGGAAUGUAUCUCGGCGACAAGACCAAGGCCUGGGUCGAGCGCGUCAGUGCCCGUCCAGGAUAUGUGGCGGCUGAGAAGAGGAUCAAGGACGAAGAGGAGAAGCAGCGGCCCGCCGAGACCGCAGAGUAG